GCGUGCCCCGCGUCCCGCUGUCCGCCCGCUCGGGUCCAGGGCGCCGCCUCCGUGUAGGGCGGGCGAGGAGGCAGCUGAGGCGGAGCUGAUGGCUGCACUGAGGGCGGGGCAGGGUGCAGGCUGGAGCCUACGGGGAUGGCGGGCUUUGGGGGGGGUUCGCUGGGGGAAGGGACCCCCGUUGACCCCUGACCUCCGGGCCCUGCUGACGUCAGGUACUCCUGACCCUCGGGCCCGAGUGACUUAUGGGACCCCCAGUCUCCGGGCCCGGUUGUCUGUGGGGGUCCCUGAACAACGGACAUGUCUGACAUCGGGGACUUCAGAUUCCCGAGCACAGCUGACUGCGGGAACCCCAGACCCCCGGACGCGGGAGGACUCAGGGACCCCUGGAACCCGUCUGCGCGUGUGGCUGGCGGUGGCGCUGGGCGCCGGGGGGGCAGUGCUCUUGUUGUUGUGGCGCGGGGGUCGGGGUCCUCCGGCCGUCCUCGCCUCGGUCCUCGGCUCGCCGCCCACCUCUCCCCGGAGCCAGUACAACUUCAUCGCAGACGUGGUGGAGAAGACGGCACCUGCCGUGGUUUAUAUCGAGAUCUUGGGCCGGCACCCUUUCUCUGGCCGCGAAGUCCCUAUCUCGAAUGGCUCCGGAUUCGUGGUGGCUGCCGACGGGCUCAUCGUUACCAACGCCCAUGUGGUGGCUGAUCGGCGCCGAGUCCGUGUGAGGCUGCCUAGCGGCGACACGUAUGAGGCAGUGGUCACAGCUGUGGAUCCCGUCGCAGACAUUGCCACGCUGAGGAUUCAGACUAAGGAGCCUCUCCCCACACUGCCCCUGGGACGCUCAGCUGAUGUCCGGCAAGGGGAGUUUGUUGUUGCCAUGGGAAGUCCCUUUGCACUGCAGAACACAAUCACAUCUGGCAUCGUCAGCUCUGCUCAGCGUCCAGCCAGAGACCUGGGCCUCCCCCAAACCAAUGUGGAAUACAUCCAGACUGAUGCUGCCAUUGAUUUUGGAAACUCUGGAGGUCCCCUGGUUAACCUGGUGAGUGGGAUAUCCUUCUUUCCAAGAAUCCCUGCCCCAGGUCAGUGUGGAAUGGAUGGGGAAGUGAUUGGGGUGAAUACCAUGAAGGUCACAGCUGGGAUCUCCUUUGCCAUCCCUUCUGAUCGCCUGCGAGAGUUUCUGCAUCGUGGAGAAAAGAAGAAUUCUCAUCUUGGAAUCAGUGGGUCCCAGCGCCGCUACAUUGGGGUGAUGAUGCUGACCCUGACUCCCAGCAUCCUUGCUGAGCUACAGCUUCGAGAACCAAGCUUUCCUGAUGUUCAGCAUGGUGUGCUCAUCCAUAAAGUCAUCCUGGACUCCCCUGCACACCGGGCUGGUCUACGGCCAGGUGAUGUGAUCUUGGCUAUUGGGGAGCAGCUGGUACAAAAUGCUGAAGAUAUUUAUGAAGCUGUUCGAACCCAAUCCCAGCUGGCAGUGCGGAUCCGGCGGGGACCGGAAACACUGACCUUAUAUGUGACCCCUGAAAUCACAGAAUGAAUGGAUCAGCAAGAGUAUGAGGCUCCUGUGCUGAUUUCCACCUUGCUUUCCUGGCCUAGGCUCUGAGGGCACCUGGACAGAGAAGGAAAUGAACCAAUGGGGGGCAGGUCCCUCCAAACACCAGCAUCAAUCCCUGGGCUCUGAGGAAUCACAAAAACACUUUUUAUAUAAAAUAAAAUUAUACCUAGCAACAUGUUAUAGUA